AUGUUCAAUAACUGUCGAUGUGGCACUGCCAUGUGGUCAGAGAUUCUGUGUAGGCUCCCAGUGAGGCUUCUCCUUCAACUUCGAUGCCUCUGUAAGUUCUUCAAUACCCUUAUCUCUGAUUCCAAAUUCACAAAGAAGCACCUUCACAUGUCAACCUACCGCCACCACCUCAUCUUAUCCUCCAAAGAUGAGUCCCAUGUAAUGUCUUAUCCACUUCACUGUAUUUUCAACUCUGUUACCAUUAACGCCAACAAACUCCAUUUCCCUUUCAACAAACAUUACUUUUCUGUCGUCGGUUCUUGCGAUGGGAUCCUUUGUUUGGUUUCCUACAGACACCCUGUUAUUUUGUGGAACCCUUCCAUUAGAAAAUUCGCAAAAUUACCUUAUUUGGAAAAUCCAAUAAAGGGUGGUUGUUAUACUACAUAUGGUUUUGGUUAUGUUCCUUUAACUGGUAAUUAUAAGGUCGUUACUGUUUUUAACCAUGUUAGCGGUAACGGACCCAACAAAGCCAAAUUAAAGGUUCAUACUUUGGGUACUAACAAUUGGAGAACGAUUGAGGGGGAUUUCCCUGUUGGAGGCUAUAGUUCUCUUAUAUUCGUGAGUAGCAUGCUUAAUUGGAUUGUGUCUUCUGAUCCUUUUUACAAUGUUGUUUCUUUUAAUUUGGUGAACGAGUCUCAUCAAAAGCUUUUGCCACCUAAUUUUGGAGGGGAAGAUGUGAAUGAUGUAAUCUUGGGUGUGUUGUUAAUUCUCAAAUUCAUUGGUUCAAAAAAUUUAUAA